AUGCAGAAAGCCCUCACCCUCAUCCUGUGCCAGGUUAUGCUAGCCGGUGCACAGGACGGAGUCGUGUACUUGGAUAUCGAAAGGAAGGUAGUCGAUUACGAGCCUAACUUACAACGUCGACAUAAUCCAACAAUCGAAAGCAGGGUUACCAACGGCCACGUUGGCUACUUCACAAAGGUCAAGAUAGGGACGCCGGGCCAGGAACUGUCACUGCAUCUGGAUACUGGGAGCGCCGACCUUUGGGUGCCUUACACGUCAGCCAAAAUUUGUCGAGUAAAAGGAGCGAACAACUGCAAGCUCGGGGCCUUUGAUCCGCUCGAGUCGCUCACUUAUCGCCUUGCCGCACCGAAAAAGUUCAAGAUUGCGUAUCUUGACCAAAGCUCUGCGUCGGGUGACUACUUUGAGGACACUGUCGAGAUCGGUGGUACCAGGGUCUCAAGUCUGGCCAUGGGCCUUGCCAGACAGUCAACCGUGCCAUAUGGACUGGCCGGCAUUGGAUACCACCAUAAUGUCGCAUUGCAGACCUGGGGAAACAUUUACGACAACUUACCCGUACGCAUGCAGAGGCUAGGACUCAUCAACACGGUAGCCUAUAGCCUCUGGCUCAAUAACCUGGGCGGUAGUCUCUUGUUUGGCGGCAUCGACACGGAAAAGUACGUUGGGAACCUUAAAGUGGUGCCGGUGCUGAAGAACCACCUGGGAAAAUAUGACUACUUCGGAGUUGCCAUGGCUGGUAUCAGUGUAGGGCGUGGGAAUCAUGACCUGUCGCUGCCCUGUCACGAAUGCUCGAUCCGCGCAGUGCUCGACAGCGGCGCGACAUUGAGCUUCCUCCCCAAUGACCUAGCACACGCUAUGUGGGAAGAAGCUGGCGUCAAGUGGUUAAGUAGCUUCAAGGCACCUAUGCUGCCAUGCUCGCGCGCAAGAGGUCGGGAAAAAUUUGCUUUCCAUUUUGGAGAUGACCAAGGGCCGACGAUCGAAGUCGGAAUAGGCGAGCUUGUGAUUGAUUCAACAAAGUGGCCCAACGCCAGCGGCAAGCCUCUUAUCGGGGGUGAAGGGAGCCCGUGGAAGGGGCUACGUCUCUGCCAAUUCGGGAUACGCAAUCAAACACGGGCACCUUAUAUCCUGGGAGAUUCAUUCCUGAGAUCAGCGUAUCUAGUGCACGAUCUUGUCAACCACGAGGUUGGGAUGGCGGAGACCCUAUUCAAUGCAACAAGAUCGGGAAUCACGCCGUUCCCGUCUUAUGGGGCUCGCAUCCCAGUUACUUAA